CAACGUGCAUUAAAUGUUAUAUUCGGUCGAAUUUGAAAAUAUGCACUCAUUUCAAUGGGAAAUUGUCAAGCGGUUGAUGCGGCGGCGUUGGUUCUACAACAUCCUGACGGCAAGAUCGAUAGAUAUUACGGUCCUGUCUCCGUUAGUGAGAUCAUGCGUAUGUAUCCUGGUCACUACGUUUCUCUUAUUAUUCCUUUACCAGAGAAGAAUAUUCCGGCGACAACGACGACGACGACGGAUGAUAAGAGCGAGAGAAGGGUUGUGAGGUUCACGCGCGUGAAACUUCUCCGACCAACGGAGAGUCUUGUACUUGGUCAUGCUUAUCGUCUCAUAACUUCACAAGAGGUUAUGAAGGUUUUAAGAGCCAAGAAGUAUGCGAAAACAAAGAAGCACCAAAGUGAAACGAGUAUGGAGAAGAAGAAGCCAUCAUCGGAGAAGAAGAUUGAUGAAGAUUCCGACAAGAAUCAGAAUCUGGAAACGAAAGAUGAGAAGCAACGUUCAGUGUUAACGAAUUCAGCUUCAUCGAGAUCAAAAACAUGGAGGCCAUCAUUGCAGAGCAUCUCUGAAGCUACGAAAUCGUCUGUCUUAGGCCAAUCUCUCUGUCUCUCUGUCCAGAGAGAUAUGGCAGCUUCAACUGUACCACUCUCGUGCUUCAAACUCAAUCAUCAACCAAACCUUCUUCAUGGCUGCAGCAAAUCAUCUAACCAAACACUUCUCAAAUUCAACUUUCCACCUCUAAAACCUCUCUUGAUCUCCUCACUCAGUGGCUCACGACGUUUCAGAGUCUUACCAGAGACCAUCACCGUCAAAUUAGAAGAGGAAGAGAAGGAGGAGGAGGAUUCAACUGUUGAUCUUGAUCCUCCUGCAGCCAUUAACACUAAGCUUUACUUUGGUAACUUGCCUUACAAUGUUGACAGUGCAACUCUGGCUCAAAUCAUUCAAGAUUUCGCUAACCCUGAGCUCGUUGAGGUUCUUUACAACAGAGACACAGGACAGAGUCGUGGAUUCGCCUUUGUAACCAUGAGCAAUGUCGAAGAUUGCAACAUCAUCAUCGAUAACCUCGAUGGAACUGAGUAUCUUGGUCGUGCUUUGAAAGUAAAUUUUGCUGACAAACCAAAGCCUAAUAAAGAACCUCUGUAUCCAGAAACAGAGCACAAACUGUUUGUUGGUAACUUGUCGUGGACUGUUACUUCCGAGUCAUUAGCUGGAGCGUUUAGAGAGUGUGGAGAUGUGGUUGGAGCUAGAGUUGUGUAUGAUGGAGAUACCGGAAGAUCAAGGGGUUACGGCUUUGUAUGUUACUCUUCCAAAGCGGAAAUGGAAACCGCGCUUGAAUCGCUUGACGGAUUUGAGCUUGAGGGUCGGGCGAUUCGAGUAAACUUUGUUGGAAGUAAGCUUGAAGGUUAAGUAACUUGAAGAGCAAGUUACUAAUAAGGAAAAAGGAGAUAA